AGGUGUGUCUUAUAAGGCGGAAUAUAGGUUCCUCAAGCCAGCGAUUGUUUGAGGCAGAGAGAAGAUAGGAGGACCACACAGAGGAGAAGCCAACUGCUGCUGACGGGACCAGGGCCAGGCACAUUACAGGCAUUUGCUCUUCUGCAUUCUUUGAAACCUAUGAAGGAUCUAACUACCACUGAGCAAUAUAGUCCAUUUUCCAACGUCAUUCGUCAUCAACUCCAACCUGAACAGUUCUAAGGACUCUGACCUAAUCAUCGAAAGCAGUACAUGAGUUCUGCACUACAGACUGUUACUGCAGAGAAGGACCUACAGCUAUAGAUGUCACCCUAGGUCAUAAUUCAAGCUUGCUUAGCUUUCCUAUAGGAGACAUCACCAUCUGUAUCACUUCAUUAAUAUUGUGUGAAAUUGGACCUUAUUUCUGAAUUAACAUCUGAUUGUAGCUGUCAAGAGUGAUAUGACUGGUUGUGUUCAGCAUUACAGAUUUUUCAGGGUCAUCGAAUGUAUACCAAGACCUACAUGGCAACAUUCAGCAUAUGUCAUUCAAGUUCCAGGAUUUGGGCUACUUAAGAUUACCAUUUGCUACUACUAUGUAUUGGAAGAAGCUUACACAGUGCCAGCACACACUGAAGACACCUCAAGGUUUGAUCAAACCUUUUAUUAUCUGAAGAAUAUAAACAAAAUGAAGAGACAAGCUACACUGUUUAGUUUUUUCGAUUCAUCCAAAAAGAAAAAAACAAUACAGUCUCAGGAAUUGGACUUGUGUGUAAAUGACAUUAAUAAUAAUGUUGUAGCUAACACUGAGAAGGAUGCUGUUCUUAAUGAAAAUACUAUAUAUGAAAUUGACCAUGAAGUUCCAAUGGAACAGGUUGAUAGGCAUGAUAUUGAAAGUGUUGUUGGCAAUGAUGAUGGUACAGUUUCAGAUGUGUUAACAGUUGAAGAGGCAUGUACAAGCACUAUAUCAUGUUGGUCCAAAAAACAAUUUGAAUAUUUUAGCAAGUUGUUUCCAUGGAUCCAGGUUAAAAAUGGAAAAUUAGGUUGCAAUGUGUGUAGUAAGGUCAGAGGGUCUUUGGGAAUAGAAAAAGCUAAGGCAUGCCAUGUUUCAGAGGAGUGGAGUAACUUUUUAGUAAAACCAAGUGGCACCCUCAAAUUGAUUCAGCAGGCCUCUGUUCGCAAAAAAAUUAGAGAGCACAGUGUUUCUAAAUCUCACAAUAAAGCAGAGAAACUUCAGAAUACCGCCAAAAUUGGCAUAUUACCAACAGCAAUGGACAGGCUCAAUGAGAAAGCUAUAGCUGCGACAAUUCAUAUUUUUAAUAUAGUAUACAGUUUAGCUUUAAAUAAUAAGCCUAUGGCUGACAUAGAAGGAGAAGUUCAAUUGCAGAAAAUUAAUGGUGUGGAUGUUGGAGUAGGCCUUCACUCAAGGAAAACUGCCAUUACGAUAAUUCAACAUAUAUCCUCACAAAUAAGGAAGGCUUUAUUUUCUAAAAUUGCCAGUUGUAAGAGCAAAUUAUGUGUCAUAAUUGAUGAAUCCUCAACUGUGGCACAGAAAAGUGUUUUAGUCAUCUAUAUUCGUUGUGAGCUUUCAACACAUCAGGAUCCUGUCAAUGUAUUUGUGGAUCUUAAAGAGCUUGACUCAACCACUGCUGAGGUGAUAACUGAAACACUUUUCAACUGCUUAAGUGAAAAUGGAUUUGAUAAAGAUUAUUUACAAGAUAAUCUGAUAGGAUUUUGCUCAGAUGGUGCCAGUGCAAUGCUAGGUAGCAAGUCUGGGGUUGCAUCUAGAAUUGUAAGAGAAUUUCCAAACAUAGUCAUAUGGCACUGUUUGAGCCACAGGGUUCAACUUGCUCUUGAUGAUGCAAUUAAUUCUGUAUCCCAAGUUAAUCACUUUAAAAUGUUCCUAGAAAAAAUAUAUAGCAUAUAUCAUGUAUCUAACAAACAUCAGUUAGAGCUUCAUAACAUAGCAGCAGAUCUAGAGUUGGAGAUAGUAAAGAUUGGUAGAAUCCUAGGUCCUCGGUGGGUGGCUUGUAGUGCUCGUGCUGCCAAGGCAGUAUGGAGAGCGUAUCCAGCUCUGUAUAAGCACUUUUCGAAUUAUAAGAAUUUCUUGGGAAUGAAGAAAAAAAUGGAAAACUUGUGUUUCCUAAAAGAUCUCGCUUUAAUGAUCGAAAUUCUUGAGGAGCUCUCCCUUUUAUCCCUUGCUUUACAAGACCGGGAUGUUUCUCUUGUCAAAGCAGACAGACUUCUUUGUCGGUGUAUUAGGGCCCUUAAAAACCUAAAAGAAAAUCCAGGGAAGCAUGAAGUUCAGAUUGAUACAAUGAUUAGAACAGAGCCAUUUAAAGAUAUUCCUUUCCAAGUGAGUGCUAAAAACACUGGUCUUCCAAGAGCACAGUUAAUUCAGAGCGUAAUAGACAAUAUGAAAAGUAGGUUGUUUUCCACUGCAAAUACAAGACAAAUGGACAGUGGUACAGUUGUCCAAAACGCAAGCCGCUACAAAAAGUUAUUGUCCUUGUUCUCUUUACUUGAACCCAAUUCUUGGCCAUCUGACCUCACACUAUCUCCGUGGCCAGAAGGGGAAUGUCAAUUAAGACAGUUAAAUGAACUGAUAAAAUGUAACAUUCCAGUUAAUGAUUUCCGGGAUUACAUAGACAACAGAUAUUUUUCAGAUUGCAGCCUGCCACCCUCUAUUCAACAAGCCAAGAAAAUUAUUCGGGUCAUAGCUGUCAGUAGCGCUGAAGCUGAAAGAGGAUUUAGUAUCAUGAAUAACAUUGCCACACAUGAAAGAAGCAGACUUACAGUUUCUAAUAUAUCACAUCUUAUGACAAUCAAAAUUCUUGGCAAACCAAUAUCAAGCUGGGGUCCGGAAAUAUAUGUUAAGUCUUGGUUACGGAGAAACCACCACACUGCCACAGACCUCAGAGUUAAAAAAAAGGCAGCCAAACAAUACGAUGAAAAUUCCACAGCUAUUUGGUCUUUGUUUUAAUGGGAUAGCAAUGGAGUUUAUUUGUGACACUAAAACAAGCACACCGUAGCUGCAGGAGUGACGUCACGAGCCGGCUCCAGAACGCGCGCACGCGAUCCCUUACCACUAGCAGUGCAGCGCUACCGGCCAGGGCGCUAGCAGCAUAAAAUAAGUUUCUCCCACAGCAUAGCCGCUAGUCAGCUGCAGCAAAAAUCUAACCCUGAGGUGUGCUUUGAUCGGGCACACAGCGUAAAAUCAGGUAAUACAGCUGUAUAGACCAGAUCUAAGCAUUUGUACAGUCUUUAUCUGCAGUGGUGGUUUGUUUUCCUUGUUUUUGGUACUGGUGGUUACCACGUGUGCAAAUUCUGGAGUUUAUUUGUGGCUUGGGCAUUUCCUCAUUGCCUUGUGUUUAUGGAUCACUAUAUUCAGCUUACCUUAUGCUUGUUCAUCCUUAUAUAUGUAAUCAGCGGUAGUUAUCCUUCAUAGGCACUUAUCCUACCACACCACAUUCAUGUACCCAGCUUGGCCCUUGGGCAGUUCAUUUCAUGUAUUCAGCUCAAUUUUUGGGUGUGUGAUUUAACCGUUCAGUUUCUUUUUACAUGUAUGUAUUCAGCUUGGCCCUUGGGCAUUUAACCUUAUGUACUCAGCUUGACUUCUGGAUAUGUAAUGUAAUGUAUUUUCAUACAUAUAUUUGUAUCCCACCAGGGUGGUGCUUUUUCUUUCUCUGUCCACCUUGUCUCUUUAACAAUGUUGAUAUUUAGUACCAUUUUUAACAUCGAAUGUGCUCCAGUUAUUUUAUAGUUUUUUUUUGCUGUGUUUAGGGAGCAUACACUCUAAUUAAUCUUCUUUGAGUAGUCCUGUAAGCCCGGCCACAACUAUUUAUGUUGCGCCAUGACUAAUGGCAGUUUAGGCAUGUGGGUUUAUUUUGCAUUGGUUUUCUCUGUAUUAAUGACUGGGAGUAGCAGAGCUGAGACCUGGUUGUAGCUUGGCCAGUCCUCAGUUCUUCUCCCUUUCAUUACAUGCUGACACCUGACAACCUGUGCAGCACUGGAGAGUCCAGUAGAUCUAGCUGGUGAAGUGUACUGCAUGGCAUGUCUGGUGCCACCAGGUAAUGUCUGGGAGUAGCAGAGCUGAGACCUGGUUGUAGCUUGGCCAGUCCUCAGUUCUUCUCCCUUUCAUUACAUGCUGACACCUGACAACCUGUGCAGCACUGGAGAGUCCAGUAGAUCUAGCUGGUGAAGUGUACUGCAUGGCAUGUCUGGUGCCACCAGGUAAUGUCUGGGAGUAGCAGAGCUGAGACCUGGUUGUAGCUUGGCCAGUCCUCAGUUCUUCUCCCUUUCAUUACAUGCUGACACCUGACAACCUGUGCAGCACUGGAGAGUCCAGUAGAUCUAGCUGGUGAAGUGUACUGCAUGGCAUGUCUGGUGCCACCAGGUAAUGUCUGGGAGUAGCAGAGCUGAGACCUGGUUGUAGCUUGGCCAGUCCUCAGUUCUUCUCCCUUUCAUUACAUGCUGACACCUGACAACCUGUGCAGCACUGGAGAGUCCAGUAGAUCUAGCUGGUGAAGUGUACUGCAUGGCAUGUCUGGUGCCACCAGGUAAUGUCUGGGAGUAGCAGAGCUGAGACCUGGUUGUAGCUUGGCCAGUCCUCAGUUCUUCUCCCUUUCAAUGGAUGCUGACAGAUUUUCUGUAUGUAAUUUUACUGUUGUUUCCAAACCAUUAUCUUUAACUUUCUUUUGAUGAUACAUCAUCAGCCAGCUUUAGUUUUUGAUGGAAUUCUGUCAAUGUGUUCACUAGAUAUCACAUACUUGAAAUGGCACAUAAUGUUUGUGUUGUA